UAAAUGGCAUCAAGCAGUUGGUGUGAAGAGGAGAAGUGCAGUUGCUGUGUUGUUAUUGAAGGGAAACACAUCUUAACAGUCGAACACGAUGGAACUCUUUGAAACCAGCCCUUACUUUUUCCCAGAGCAAAGAUUUUUCGACAAUGAAAAUUAUUUUUCCACACGGCUCCCCACUUAUGAUCAGACUGGAUUUCAAGAUCGUGGCUCCAUGGGUAUUUGCGCUGAUGGUGUUAUACUGCAAGGAGCAGGCAUUGAAGAGAAGGUAUCUCCCCAUGCCAGCGUAGGCCAACAGGACCACUGUCCCGGGCAAUGUCUGCCAUGGGCCUGUAAAAUGUGCAAACGGAAGACAGUGUCUUUGGACAGAAGACGAGCUGCUACGAUGAGGGAAAAACGCAGGUUGAAGAAAGUAAAUGAAGCUUUUGAAGCCUUAAAAAGAAGCACUUUGUUAAACCCUAAUCAGAGACUUCCUAAAGUUGAGAUCUUGAGGAGUGCCAUCCAGUACAUAGAACGCCUGCAAGCUCUGCUGUCAUCCCUUAACCAGCAAGACAGAGACCAAAGAGAUUUGCUGUACAUAACUAAUGGAGGGCAGCGUGUGGUAUCCAGUGAAUGUGGAUCAACUUCCUCAUCUUGCAGUCCUGAGUGGAAUGAGUCCGACUUCAGUGGAAGUCAAAGCGAAAACCUUCUAAGUGAUGAUUCCUCAGAGCAACGUGACAUAAGUUCAUUGUCUUCGAUCGUUGACAGCAUCACAUCUGGAGAGGUGUCUAUAAACUAUUCUGAGCAGCAUAUUGGAAACUAAAUUAUGCAAGAUGUUGUUUGUGGACCUUCCUGUAAGCUAAUAGCACACUGGAAGUAACAUAUUAUGGACCGAUUCUCGUAGCACUGUUGUCUGAUAAAAUGACUUAGAAAUGAAAUCUCCUCUCAGUGACGCCAUUGACAUUUUGGUGGUACAGGGUAUUAAGUGACAUAGGAGGUAUUUGGAGAGAAAUGGAUAACAUAUUUAAACCUAGAUCCUUUCAAUAAGUUUUGUCCAACCAAAUCUUUAGGAUAAAGUUAUUUAUUAAUGAAACUUGUCUCUACUAUUCACGUAGCAAGAGACUGAAGAGCGACAAUCAUACCACUGGCUAAUAUUUGGAACAUUUUGCAUUUAUUUUCUAAAUACGUUUUUCUUCUAAACUGAAUGCUCUAAGCAUAUGUGACAGAAAAUAAAGUAAUGUGAGAGUAUUUAAAAAAUUGCACAGAAUAUCAUAGAAGUCUUCAAAAGGGCAAUAUUAAUUUAAAAAUCCACUGACCGCUCACUUAGGUUGAGGGAUAUUAAAAGUACCAGUACUCUUUUGCAUGUAAGAAUUGGUCUAUUUCAAGAGCAGUGUGAGAAUACCACCACCUGAGAAUAUUUACCAAGUUUGAGCUGAUCAUGCCAGGCCUCAAGUGUUGUUUCCAAGACUGGGAGACCUUUAAAGCCUGUUUAGAAAUAGUUUUCUUUGCAGUAAAGUCUUCUUUU